UUUCUGUCCUCUUUGAAUGUAUAUUGUAAACAGUGGGGACACAAGAAUUCUCAUCAACAUUAUGAGCCAAAACAAAUGAUCAGGUUACACCUGUUUGGCUUACACUACCUUGGAAACCACUCGACUCCAUUCUCCUCAGCUUAAAGCACUAGUUCCCUCCCAGGGAAACAAUAUAAUCAACUCAUGACUUUUUUAAUCGCCUGAGCAACAGACUGGCUCUCUUCUUAAUCUCCACGUCUGGGUCAAGAGCAUCUUGCCUUCUUUCGAACCUGAGUCAUGAGCUGGAUGUUCCUCAGAGACCUCCUAAGUGGGGUAAAUAAAUACUCCACAGGGAUCGGACGGAUUUGGCUGGCUGUUGUGUUCAUCUCCCGUUUGCUGGUCUACAUGGUGGCAGCAGAACACGUGUGGAAAGAUGAACAGAAAGAAUUUGAGUGCAACAUUAGACAGCCCGGCUGUGAAAACGUGUGCUUCGACUACUUCUUCCCCAUCUCCCAGGUCAGACUUUGGGCCUUACAACUGAUCAUGGUCUCCACGCCUUCGCUGCUGGUGGUUCUACAUGUGGCCUAUCGCAAGGGGAGAGAGAAAAGGCACCGAAAGAAACUCUAUGUCAGCCCUGGCACCAUGGAUGGGGGCCUGUGGUACACUUAUCUCAUCAGCCUCAUUGUUAAGACUAGUUUCGAAAUUGGCUUCCUGGUUUUAUUUUACAAGCUGUAUGAUGGCUUCAGGGUUCCCUACCUGGUGAAGUGUGAUUUGAAGCCGUGCCCCAACACGGUGGACUGCUUCAUCUCCAAACCCACGGAGAAGACAGUGUUCAUCCUCUUCUUGGUCGUCACCUCAUGCCUGUGCAUUGUGUUGAAUGUCACUGAACUGAGCUUUUUGAUUCUCAAAUGUUUUCUUAAGUGCUGUCUCCAAAAAUACUACAAAAGACUUAAGUCCCCAGUGUGUGAGUGCCACAACCUCAGACAUGUUAAAUGUGGUGAGAUGGGGGCCCCUCCCCUACUCCAGAAGCACCAUUCAGACUCAGCCAUGAGCGCACCCCAGGGGGCUGAAACUAAGCUGCCCUGUGACACCCAAGAGGGUUAAACAAAGGAAACCUGCCUCCUUCUUAAGCAAGACCUAGGACUCUGGAAAACAAAAGAUGUCAGCCUUAAUGUCACUAGGGGGGAAUUUCUUAAAUUUUCAACAUGUGCUCAGUUGUACAUUCUAGACAGAGGUCUCAUUGUUUGGUUAUAGGGUUUAUGUGGAUACAUGGGUCGUGUCUGGAUAGUUAAUUGCGAGUUAGUCUGAAGAAACCGAACUAACAGCAUUCUUCUAAGUGCUUAGAUGUGUCAAUUGGAAAAUAUAAAAAGUGACACUUCUGACAAAUGUGUGGCCUGUAAGCAAGAAUGGAGGUGCUGGCAAUCUUUCCAAAGUGGCAGCCAAGGCUCCACUCACUCAGCCCGACUCUGUCUUUGCAGAGAAAGACUACGGUGAGGGCAGGAGAGCAGCCAACCAGGGCACACAGAAGUACAUUCAGUGAGAAGGCCCAGCUUGGGGAAGGGACCACAGAGCCCAGGACCCUUUGCAGCCUAGGUGUCCCUGGAUAUAAGUGGGAUGCAAUCCAACGUUUAGUGGUCUCCAAGUGAAAUACCAAUAUUAUUGGGAGAUACCCACUUAAGCCUAAACUAGCCGACAUCUGAAAGGGUCACUCCAGAGUCACGAGGGAAGGCAGGACCCACAGAAGGAAGCACAUUGAUAGGGAGGGAGCAGGAGCGGGGAAGGACCCAGAAAAAGAAUAUGCCCACCUGAUAAUGACUGAACACUUAUCUUUAACCAUAGAACAUUGACAUACUUUGUAAAUUUCCGUGUCACUGGACUUUUUAAUAAGCAGGAAUUCAUAAUGUACUAUUUGUCAUAGUUUGACUACAAUUUACUAGUAUAUCUCCCUCUAGAAUAGAUAAUAAGAUGUGUACUGUGCUGUCAUAUUGGUGCAAAAAAAUGUUUAAAAAGAUGUUUAUUAUCACUUGAUUUGAAGACUGUGGCUUUCUUUUACUUUCCUACUGAAAAAAAAAAAAAAAACCAC